AUGAAGCCGCAAUACAUCCUAACCGCCCUAGGGUCCAGUCCCCAACUCGGACAUCCUGACCGACCGGCUCGAUCGCUCUUCACAUUCGGCGACUCGUACACGACAACGGGAUUUAAUGUCACUUCAACCCAGCCAUCACUAGAUAAUCCCAUGGGCAAUCCCCCUCUCGGACAGGGCACCGCGUCAGACUCGAUCAACUGGGUCGGAUACGCAGCCACGGCAUUUAACCACACUCCCCUGCUGAGCUACAAUUUCGCCGUCUGGGAUGCCACCGUCAACAACUCCCUCGCCCCAGGUGCCCACGAGGAUCUUGUCGCCCAGGUUUCUGCCGGUUUCGAACCACUCUACUGCCUCUCGAGUUCGGUCCAUCCGGCGUCUGAUCCGGUCUGGGAAUCGGAUUUGGCGGUGUUUGUGCUGUGGUUUGGGAUUAAUGACGUGCUCCAGCUCUACCAAGACCCGGACUUCCUGCACAAAAUCAGGCUCGUCAUCGACAGCUACUUGGACCAACUCACCAAGCUCGAGGCCUGCGGCGCCCGGUUCAUCUUCCUCAUCAACGCCCCACCGACGCAUCGCACCCCAAAGUUCCUCGCGGGCGAGAAGAGGAAAAGAGAGGAAUAUAGACAGGGUCUCACCGAAUUUAACCUCCAAUUGGAGACCGCGGCCUCGCGGUGGGCGAGUGAGCAUGUUGAGUCUACCCUUGCCCUCUACGAUUCGUGGACGUUUAUGACAGGGGUCCUGGACCACCCCGCAGAGUACGAGUUUCCGGAUAUUACCUGUAUCGGGGAAGGCUGUAUCUGGUGGGAUGAUUUCCAUCCACGCUCUGCGUUCCAUAGGAUCUUGGCUCAGGAUAUCGCGGACCGUGUUCAUAUUGCUUUUGCCGGGGGAGUUUAG